AUUGUCUCGGAUGUUGCUCGAGCAGGCGUACGGACCGAUUGGCUUUUACCCAUCGCAGCUGGGAUUGGGCUCAUAGAGCCUCAAUAAGUUGUUGGCGCCUGUAGGUCCAGGUGAGUCAUUUCCACGUUUUCGCGCAAGACAACCCCACAUCGCUGCAACAUCGCUGCGAUACAAAGUCAUCGUCUGGUCGUGGACAACAAUCUUGGACUGGACAACUAGCGUGUAGGGUGACACUUCAGCUUCAGCUUCCGCCCCCCGCAAUGCCGGCCAAGUCGUCGCUCGCAUCCGCGAUCGAGUACUGCUCGGACGCGCCAGAACCGAUCUCCUACCCGCGGCUCGCAGAGCACCAUCUGCUCCCAUCGAAAAGGCCGGACUACCUCAGGCUAAUCCUCACGUCCAAGGUCUACGAGAUCGUGAAGGAGACGCCCCUGGUUUACAGCACCAACCUCAGCGCACGGUUCGGGAACCAGAUAUGGCUGAAGCGCGAGGACCUGCAGGAGGUGUUCAGUUUCAAGAUCCGGGGCGCGUACAACUUCAUGGCGAGCCUGACGGAGGAGGAGCGGUGGAAGGGUGUCAUUACAUGCAGUGCGGGUAAUCAUGCACAGGGCGUCGCGCUCUCUGGCUCAAAAUUGGGGGUACCUUGUACCAUCGUCAUGCCGAAAGGGACACCAUCCAUCAAGGUCCGUAAUGUCUCACGUCUGGGCGCGAAGGUCGUGCUGUACGGAGACGAUUUCGACGAGGCGAAGGCGGAGUGCGCUCGGCUAGCUUUAGCCUAUGGUCUCAUCUUUGUCCCACCAUACGACGAUCCUCUUGUCAUCGCAGGGCAGGGCACGAUCGGUGCGGAGAUCCUCAAACAAGUUCCAGACUCGGAGAGCCUCGAUGCCAUCUUCGCGGCUGUCGGCGGAGGCGGACUGGUGUCUGGGAUUGGCGCAUACGUGAAGCGUAUCGGCUCUCCUAACACGAAGAUCAUCGGCGCGGAGACAUACGAUGGCGACGCCAUGGACCGAAGUAUCAAGGUCGGCUCGAGAGUCACGCUCGACGAAGUCGGUCCAUUCAGCGACGGUACGGCUGUCAAGAUCGUCGGGGCGGAGCCUUUCAGGCUUUGCCAGGAGGUGCUGGAUAGCAUUGAACUGGUCACUAACGAUGAGCUCUGUGCUGCUAUCAAGGACAUCUUCGAAGAGACACGAUCUAUCACUGAGCCCGCCGGGGCACUGGGUCUCGCUGCUCUCAAGGCGCACAUCUCACGGAAUCAGUUAAUCGGUGCAGGGAAGAAGUUUGUCGCUGUCGUCAGCGGCGCCAACAUGAACUUUGACCGCCUACGCUUCGUCUCUGAGCGUGCCGAGCUCGGUGAAGGUCGGGAAGCACUGCUGAGCGUGGAGAUACCAGAGAAGCCUGGCAGCUUCGUCAAUUUACACAGCGUCAUCCACCCACGCGCCACGACGGAGUUCAUCUACCGUUACAACAAUCCCGAGCGAGCGCAAAUCUUCCUCUCGUUCAAGCUCGAAAGCCAAAAUCGUGCACAGGAAGUCGCGGACGUACUCAGCACCCUCGAGAAACAAGACAUGAAAGGCUUCGACAUCAGCGACGAUGAGCUGGCCAAGACACACGCACGAUACAUGAUUGGUGGUUGCUCGAAUGUCUCUAAUGAACGACUGUUCCGCUUCGAAUUCCCGGAAAGGCCCGCUGCCCUUCGCAAAUUCUUGCUCGGUCUACAUUCAGGGUGGAACAUCUCGCUAUUCCACUACCGGAAUCACGGCGCAGAUCUCGGCAAAGUCUUGGCUGGCAUACAGGUCCCUACAGAAGACGCAGCGCAAUUUGAUGACUUCCUCAAGAAGCUCGGAUAUCCGUAUGUCGAGGAGACGGGAAACGAAGUGUACAAAAGAUACCUCAGAGGAUAGAGCGCAAGAUGCCCAUGUAGAAUAGAAUGCCGUGAACUUUGCUGUACUCUGCCUUACAUCACUCUCGCAAUGAUACCGCUGCGAAUUUUGGGCCCCGCGUGUCACUAUGCGUC